CACUCGAGAAUCCGGGGAUCGAAAUGUAGAAAUUGCUCGGGCACUUGUCGACUCCACGGCGGCUGGCCUGGUUUGACGAGUUUUCUUCUGUCAGUCGACGCAGGCGGAAGAAGAAAGCGAAAGAGAGUUUGUUGCUCAGCUCAAUUCCGGAUUUCACAACCCACUUCACCUGAUCUUCCCCUCUCUGUUUUCUCUGCUCAACGAGCGGAAAGUGAUCAGGAGGAAAUAUGGGAUCAGGAGGAGGGCAAUGGAUAGUGGAGAAGAGAUCUAGUUUCAGGAGCGAGCCGCUUGAGGUGAAUGUGUCUGAAACUGGGUGCCUCUCGAUCGUUGUCCUUGGUGCUUCUGGUGAUCUCGCCAAGAAGAAGACAUUUCCUGCUCUCUUCAAUCUAUACCGCCAGGGAUUUCUUCAAUCAAAUGAAGUUCACAUUUUUGGAUAUGCUAGGACUAAGAUUUCAGAUGAUGAUCUCAGAAACCGCAUCCGCAGUUAUCUGGAGAAAGGUUCAGCCAAAUCUGAGGAAGUAUCAGAAUUCUUGCAACUGAUCAAAUAUGUAAGUGGCUCUUAUGAUACCGAGGAAGGAUUUCGGAUGCUGGAUAAGGAAAUCUCACUUCAUGAAGAGUUCAGAAAUAGCACGGAAGGAUCAUCCCGAAGGCUGUUCUAUCUUGCACUCCCCCCUUCAGUUUAUCCAGUGGUUUGCAGGAUGAUCAAGCUAUGUUGCAUGAACAAAUCUCAUCUUGGUGGGUGGACUCGGAUAGUUGUUGAGAAGCCAUUUGGCAAGGACUUGGAUUCCGCAGAGAAACUGAGCAACCAGAUUGGAGAGUUGUUUGAGGAGCCUCAACUAUAUCGUAUUGAUCACUAUUUGGGGAAAGAAUUAGUGCAGAACUUGUUGGUCCUGCGCUUUGCAAAUCGCUUCUUUUUGCCUCUUUGGAACCGUGACAAUAUUGACAAUGUUCAGAUUGUCUUCCGUGAGGAUUUUGGAACUGAAGGCCGUGGUGGAUAUUUUGAUGAAUACGGAAUCAUCCGAGAUAUCAUUCAAAAUCACCUAUUGCAAGUUCUGUGUCUUGUUGCCAUGGAAAAGCCCGUUUCUUUGAAGCCUGAACACAUUCGGGAUGAAAAAGUCAAGGUUCUUCAAUCAGUAAUGCCAAUCAAAGAUGAAGAGGUUGUUCUGGGUCAAUAUAAUGGUUACAGAGAUGACCCAACUGUUCCUGACCACUCAAACACCCCUACAUUUGCUACAGUCGUAUUAAGAAUCCAUAAUGAGAGAUGGGAAGGCGUUCCUUUUAUCCUAAAGGCAGGGAAAGCAUUGAAUUCAAGAAAGGCAGAGAUACGCAUUCAGUUCAAGGAUGUUCCUGGAGAUAUAUUUAGAUGCAAAAACCAGGGAAGAAAUGAGUUUGUUAUACGCCUGCAGCCAUCAGAAGCCAUGUACAUGAAACUCACAGUUAAGCAGCCUGGGCUGGAGAUGUCAACGGUUCAAAGUGAGCUAGACUUGUCAUAUGGACAACGUUAUCAACAGGUCACCAUCCCAGAAGCUUACGAACGCCUGAUUCUCGACACAAUCCGAGGCGAUCAGCAGCAUUUCGUUCGCAGAGACGAGUUGAGGGCGGCAUGGGAGAUUUUCACGCCACUUCUGCACAGGAUCGAUGAUGGCGAGUUCAAGCCCCUCCCAUAUCAGCCGGGAAGCCGGGGUCCUGCAGAGGCAGAUGAGCUUCUGGAGAGAGCUGGAUAUAUGAAGUAUACAAGUGGUUCAUAUGAUACCGAGGAAGGAUUCCGGUUGUUGGAUAAGCAAAUUUCGGAGCAUGAAGAGGCCAAAAGUAGUGCAGAUGGAAGUUGUAGAAGGCUGUUUUAUCUUGCACUUCCUCCCUCGGUUUAUCCAGUUGUCUGCAAGAUGAUCAAGUUAUGCUGUAUGAAUAAAUCUGAUCUUGGUGGAUGGACAAGAAUCGUUGUUGAGAAGCCAUUUGGCAAAGAUUUGGAAUCCGCAGAGAAGCUUAGUUCCCAGAUAGGAGAGUUGUUUGGGGAGCAUCAGAUUUACCGCAUUGAUCACUACUUGGGGAAAGAAAUGGUGCAGAAUUUGACCAAUAUUCUUCUUGUUCUGCUGCAAAUCUUGCAGUUGGUGCUUCGAUUUGCAAAUCGCCUGUUUGUACCGCUCUGGAACCGUGAUAACAUUGACAAUGUCCAGGUAAGGAUGAAAAUUGUUUUCCGUGAGGAUUUUGGGAUCGAAGGCCGUGGUGGAUAUUUUGAUGAAUAUGGGUACACAGGUGUUCCUUUCAUUCUGAAGGCAGGGAAAGCAUUGAGCUCCAAAAAGGCAGAUAUUCGAGUUCAGUUCAAGGAUGUACCUGGUGAUAUAUUCAAUUGCGAAAAGCAAGGAAGGAAUGAGUUCGUUAUGCGACUGCAGCCCUCAGAAGCCAUGUACAUGAAACUUGCAGUUAAGCAGCCUGGACUGGAGAUGUCAACUGUCCAGAGUGAGCUAGACUUGUCGUACAAGCAACGUUAUCAUGGAGUCACCAUUCCAGAUGCUUACGAACGCCUCCUCCUCGACACGAUUCAUGGUGACCAGCAGCAUUUUGUGCGUAGAGAUGAGUUGAAGGCUGCAUGGGAUAUAUUCACACCCCUUCUGCACAGGAUUGACAAGGGCGAGCUGAAACCCAUUUCGUACCAGCAGGGGAGCAGGGGGCCUGCAGAAGCCGACGAGCUGCUGCUGAGAGCUGGCUAUGUCCGAACGCAUGGCUACAGAUGGAUUCCACCAGCAUUGUAAAGAGAAUAUCAAGCAGAAAUGGAAGAAAAGCUUGUGGCUUUGGGGCAACUAGUGAAGCUUUUACUAGGCCCGUUUGCUUAAUGCUUCUAGCUCCUUGUGUCACAUUCAUAUAUACAUGCUUAGAAGUUACGUACUUUGAGUGGACAAUUUAGAAGGUACUCACCAGUUCACUUGUAUCAUGUAGAUAAAGAGAGUCAAAGUACACGUUCAUAAAUUCGUUACACAAAACCUCAUUCUGGAUCUUCUUCUAUGACAAAGAGGGCGGAAUGCCAAAAUAACAGUAGACUAUGGCUUAGAUAAAGAUAGUGUCCCUCGUGCCAUUAGGUGACACACAUUUUCACGCGCAAUGAGAUGAC